AUGGCAGAUAAUUCCAAGGCACCUAAAGCUACAGUAACUCCACCGCCGCCACAAACCACGCCAGAUCCUCCACCUAAAGUACAACCCACACCAGACAAACCAGCACCACCAAAUCAGCCAGCUCCUGAUCCAGCAACAUCUCAGCAGGCGACUCCUGAUCCUAAAAAAACCGUGGUAGUUACUACUUCCACGCAAGAUCCCAUAACCAUUACUUCGACUUCAACUUCCACAUCAUAUCCUUACGAAUCAAUAAACCCAUCUUCUAUUAGCCCCACUUCAAGUAAAGUUAAACCAGCAGAUAGUAAUAGUGCUAAUACUGCUAGUGAUAGUACAAAUGUAGUGACUGCUGCCAUAGUUGUUGGAACUGUGGUGCCUUCAAGAAAUUUCAAAGAAAAAAUUCAACCAGUUUCAUAUGUUUCUGAGCGAAGCCCAGAAUCUGAUACUGUGUUCUUACGUGAAUUAAAUGAACCAUAA